AUGAAUAAUUAUACAAUUAUUCCUUCUAAUCAAAGUGACAAUAAUUGGGAUGAUAAUGAUAAUGAUAAUGGCCCAUCGUUGCAUAUACGUAUUGCGUUUGCUUGUGCAUGGAUUUUUAUUGCAGUUUCUGGUAUUAUAGGUAAUAGUCUAGUUAUAUCUGUUGCUGUUCGAUUUCAAAAGUUAAAUAAUGUAACAAAUUGUUUCAUUGUUAAUUUGGCUAUUACUGACAUUGUCUUUUUGGCAUUUUGUAUGCCACUUUUAGUCGUUCAGUAUACAUUAGACAUUUGGUUGUUUAAUGAAGUUUUUUGUAAACUGUUGAAUUUUAUUUCAUUCAUAAGCGUUCUUGUCACGGUUCUAACAUUAGUUGCAAUGACUAUUGAUCGAUAUAUUUAUGUGGUACGACCAUUUGAAAAUUUAAAAUGGCGAAAACCUCGAACAGUACUUUUAUUAAGCAUUAUCAUUUGGUUCAUUUCAUGUAUGUUUGCUUUACCAUUCUAUUAUCAUUAUGGUUUAUCAAACCAUGAUAAUAAUUAUCAAUGUGUAUUACUUAGUGAUGAAGAACUACAAAAAUAUUUGGGUAUUUAUACUAUUACUCUUUAUUACUUUAUUCCGCUAAUAAUCAUUAUUAUUUCAUAUGCUAAAUUACUUUACUAUGUUUAUUCAAAAGAAAAUAAACUUCAAACACAUACAAAAUUAACUACAAGUAAAAAGUCGAAAAAACGUCGUACAGUAACAAAGAUGGUUGCAGUUGUGACUCUUAUUUUUUCACUUUGCUGGUUACCAAUAACAUUAUACAUCAUUUUAGCAUAUAUAUUCCCACGAAAAUCAAUAUUUCUUUACUAUUAUAAAAUUAUUGCUAAUUCACUUGCUUAUUUAAAUUCUGCCGUUAAUCCAAUUCUUUAUGCCUUUUUAAAUCGUAGUUUUCGUAAUAAUUGUGGAAGUCUGUUUUUUCAACGAUCAUGCUCAGAAACUAUUCGGGAUGAACAUCAUCAAUCACGUACAAAAUGUCAACAACCACUACGUAGACAUCAAGCAUCAACACAAAUUGAUCGAUUUAGCUAUCAAUCAACCAAUAAUCAAUCCUCAUCUUCAACAAGAGAUAAAAAUAUGAAACAAAUAUCAAGACUAACUAACAAUAAGAAUUUAUCAUCGCCUAUUAUAGUAUAUAAUGAUUAUUUAGAUGGCAAGCAUGAAAAAAUUGAUGAUGAAUCUCUCAUUAAAGUUUCUUCUCAACAAUAUACACCUCAAAAUUAUCAUUGUAAAGGAAAAUAUGAAGAAAUAUCGACUGAUGAAACGAAUGUGUCAACUACAUUGACAACAAAUCUUUAA